AUUCACUUCCGCUGUCUUCUGUUCGCUUUCCAUGCCUGGUCAAACAUGGAGGAGAAGCUUCAUUUAGAUAUAGAGGAUUUCUCCGAGGAGCAGUUCAUGGAGAGUUUCUUGAAAGAAAUUCAGAGUGAAGAGGCCGUUUUCAUCAUCGGGAUAUUUGUGGCUUUAGCGCUAGUGAUUCUCACCAUCGUUUUCUUUGGGAAUUUUUGGGGAACCAGUAAAGUGAGAAAUGCUGUGCUGCUGCUGGGACUCUGUGACUCCGGGAAAACUCUUCUGUUCACUCGAUUAUUACUAGGUAAGUUUGUAAGAACGCAGACGUCCAUCACAGAAAGCAGUGCCACAUACAAGAGCAAAAGUGACAGAGGCAACAGUUGGACUCUUAUUGAUGUUCCCGGUCAUGAAAGUUUAAGAGUUCAGAUUGUGGAGAAGUACAAGGCUGUGGCUCGAGCCAUUGUGUUUGUGGUGGACAGCAGCAUCUUCCAGAAGGAUGUCAGAGAUGUGGCUGAGUUUCUCUACUCCAUCCUCACAGACAGCAUAGUGGCAAAAAAUGCCCCAACUCUUGUGGUAGCCUGCAACAAACAAGAUAUCACUAUGGCAAAAUCAGCCAAAUUAAUUCAACAGCAGUUGGAGAAGGAGUUGAAUACUCUGAGAUUGACACGGUCUGCAGCUCUCUCCUCUCAGGAUGGGGCUGUUGGGGGUUCGGUGUAUUUGGGUAAGAAAGGCAAAGAUUUCGAGUUCUCUCAGCUGGCCAAUCGAGUGGAGUUCAUUGAGUGCAGUGCACAUGGAAGCAAAGGAGAAGAUGGAGAUGCUGAAAUUGACGCUCUAGAGAAGUGCCUGGCCAGGAUCUGAAGAUCUUAAAUCUCGACGACUUGAAUUAAGCUGAUUCAUAAACUUGCAAUGUAGAGCAUUUUUUGGUCCUUUCUGGAUUUUUUUUUUCAGUAUUGCUGUACCAAUCCAACAGUAUGCAUCAUGUCCUGACAGAUCCCGCACAUUGGUUAUUCAACUACAAUCAGUGUACUUUGUAUGAACGCAAACAUUGGCACUUCUGUUUGGUUUUCCUUGCCUUAGUGUUUUCACUUUUCACUCCAGGGCUCUUUUGGAGUUAAAAUUGGAGCCAGGUCAACAUUUUACUUCUAUUCAACUGUGUGGUAUUUUGUUUUGCUAGAGGCAAGUAAGGCUGUAAAUUAUAUUAAAGAUGGCUUAUAACUA